GUCUGCGCUCGACAUCUCGGCUUGUAUUGCAUCCUUCCCGGCUAUUUCCUCCUCCUGGGCCCGCCGGACUCCUCCCAACUUCUGCUCGGCGCGUCGCCGCCUCUUGCUUUGUUGAUGUUUCACUUAAUUUUAAUGCGCAGUUCCCAAGAUGGAGGCAGCGCUGGGGCCGCGCGAGUUGCUCGGGCUGGUGGCAGGGCUCCUGCUGCUGCCUCCAAGCCUUUUCGCCCUGAAUCCGACAGCCGCCUUCUCCCGGAUGGUAAGCCAGGAAAAUAUCAAGAUUAAAGUAAAUAUACUGGAAACCACUGGGGAUAUCCAGGAAAGACAGGUUGUCCUUAAUAUUACUUAUGUGAAUGGUCAGAUGUAUGUAAAUGACUUUCCACUGAAGAGCGGAGUCACACGGAUAAAAUGUCAAACUUUAAUCUUGAAGAGUGGAAACCAUGAUACCUUAGGAAUUGUCAGUGUUCGCAUUAUGAUUCAUGAGUGGCCAAUGGCAUCCAGCUCCAACUUGAAAUUGAUUGUUGUUCAAGAAGAAGUGACGGAUAUAGAUGAAAAGCAGGUUAAACAAGACGAUGUGAUAGAAAUAGACCUAUUGGUAAAGGAUCGGCAAGUCCUGAGACAUACAAACUACACCGUCCCUCUGGAGGAAAGUAUGCUAUAUUCCAGCCCGAGGAACAAUGAUAUUUUGUUUACACUUCCAAACUUUGCAGGAAAAGAUGUUGAAAGUCCUCUACAAACAACCAGUCACUAUCUUCUCAGGCAAGUAGAAACUACUGUGGAUGAACAGACAAUGCCUGGCAAAUUGCCAGAGACGCCACUCAGAACAGAGCCACAGUCAUCUUAUAAGGUGAUGUGCCAGUGGGUAGAAGAUCUGAGAAAGGAGCUUUGUACAUUUUGGCUCAAUUCUUUUCCUGUAUUUUUUAAUUUUAUGGAGGUCAUUGUGGUUGGAGUUGUGGGAGCAACUUUAAUCAUAAAAGUAUUAAAAGUGUUUUGUCCCUCAUGUGACACCAGGGGAAUCCUUCAACUUGAUGCCAGUGUCAUACCUGUGGCUGCAAUAAGUUUACUUCCAGCAAUUCCAGAGAAGAUAAACUAUGUAGAAGAAAAAUGUAUUUAAAAAACAUGGGUACUGUAAUUAUUUCAGUUUGUUGACCUAAUGAACUUAGCACUUGGAUCUUAAUAUAUUACUUAAUUCAGCCUUCCGAAUGUACUGCCCGAAUGACUUUGGGACUACAACUCCCAGUAUUCAUAAAUAAUUGCAGUUCUGACAUAUCUAGAGGACUCUAAUGUGGGAACUGUUGAUUUCACAGCAGUUCUCACCCUGCUGUUUUUAUUACAUUUAUGAACGAUUCAUAUUUAAAGGGCAUAUUAAGGCUGACACCCAGAAUUUUUGGAUUUUUUUCAUUUCAACCAUUAUGUUUUCUUGACUGGAAAAAAAGCAGUUUCCUUACAUAAGGACUUCAGUAAGUUCUACGUUCUGUGAAGUAAUUUCCUGCUCCCUGAAAUGAUAUCUUCCUUGUAUCUUCCCAACUAUACUGGCUGCAGGACACGCAAGGCUAAUCCAGGAAAUUUGACUCAAGACUAAUGGAACAGAUUAGCAUCAACAGCAGCAUAGACCUGUGAUAAUAUUAAAAGCUAUUUUAGGCCUUUUAAGCGUGCCUUAUGGGGGAAGUCAAAAGCAAAAGAGUUUCAUACUGCUCUGACAGUAAACAUUGGUGCAAUUUUUGUUUGGAUUUUCCAAAAAUAAUCUUCAUAUUGUAAGCACUUUCAGGGUCUUUCGUACUGAAUUUAUGAACAUUUGUAAAAAUGUGCUUCUUAAACACUUACAAUACACACUACAAAUGUUGUUUAUCCAGGAGUACAAAAUGUCUAAAAGUACUGUAUAAAUCGAGAGCAUUUUUAUAUACCAAUUUAUAAGAUCAUUAGAUCUUAUUGCAAAUUUGCAUCUUGUGAUUAAACUGGAGACCAUGUAGUGUUCUUUUUUUUCAAAUUUGAAGAGGGAGCAAAUCUGGAUCCAGUCCAUUGCAUUUGCCAAGUACUCUUAUGAUGUUCUAGUUGUAGAUAAAUAUUAAGUAGGAUCUUGUGGCUUCAACUGUCCAUAAUGUUUGGGUAUGACUAUAUUAACAAACAAUUUGUUUCAACUGAGUUAUAAGUCGCUGUUUCUCAUUUAUAAAAAUGCAUAAUUGGUCUUUGAAAAUGCUGAUCAGGAAAUACUGUAGAGCUCAUGUUUCCUUUCCUGUGUGUGUGAACACUUAUGUUAAUUGAUGUUUUGGUGAAUGCUGAAAUAAGGUGUUUCAAGUUGUUAGCACAUUUGCUAAAUGAGAGGCACAGUCCAUUGAUGUUCAUCAUUCCAAAACUAAAUUUACCUAGGAUAUUUUUUAAGUUUUCCUGAUUGCUAACAACGCAGGCAUUUAUUUCAACAGCAACCAAGAAUAUUGAAAUAACAUUGUAGAAGAACAUCACCAAGAAUAUUGCAGUUGCUGCAUCAUACUAGGCUGCCUUAGUGGUACAUUUCAAUGGAAGGCACAUCAGAAAGGCAAAUGGAACUAUUGUGUGCUUUGGAAUUGAAUAACUUGUGGAUGCAAUAUAUCCAACUGCUUUAAAACUGUUCUAGAAGACAUUUUAGUUCAACCAAUUGUUGAUAGUCCCAAUGGCAACACUGAAAAAGGUGAGCACAGAAUCUCAAAUAAAGGCUGUCAUCCAUUAGUUAAAAAAAUGUGAAAGCUAUUUAAAUAGUUGAUGUCACUGCUGAAGCACUACAGCCAGGUAGUGGUGAUAUAUUAGAUUGUGUAUAAUACUAAAAUAGGAAAUAAUAGAUACUUUUUUUU